CUCCACCUGUCCCCCAGGUGCCUGCUCUUCCCCACGAGGGAAGCCCAGGAGACCAGGCAGCUGCGCUCCUAACAGCCAGGUACCAGACCCCAGGUUGGGUGCUGAUCAUCUUCAGAGACCUGGACUUCACAGAAACCACCUUUCCAUCUCCCCAAUACCACCAGCAAACACUUCCUUUAUCCUUGGUGCUGUCAUGGGCGCUUAUUAGAUGUUAAAGGGUUGUGGAACCUAUUCUCUAGAUUCUACUCUGUUCUCCCUCCUUUCCACCAUAAAUGCACCCUGCAGACCCUCUGUAUCAUGUCCUUCAUUCUCUGGCCAUGAUGCUGUGGUGGCCUCCUUCCCCAGAGCAGCCAGGCUGUGUUAUUUCAGGAGUUUGUGACAUUCGAGGAUGUGGCUGUGCACCUUACUCGAGAGGAAUGGGGAUGCCUGGACCCUGUUCAGAGGGCUCUCUACAGAGAAGUGAUGUUAGAGAAUUAUGGGAACCUGGUCUCACUGGAUGGAGAGACCAGAGAAGAAAACAAGCUGUUGAUUCCUAAGCAGAAAAUUCCAGAAGAAGUACAUUCAUACAAAGUGAGAGUAGGAAGACUCAAAAAGGAUAUUGCCCAAGUUCCUGAGACUAGAGAAGUGUAUAAGACUGAGGACAGAUUAGAAAGGCUUCAGGAAAUCUUAAGGAAAUUUCUCUUCCUGGAGAGAGAGUUUAGGCAAAUAACAAUCAGUAAGAAAACCUUCACCAGUGAGAAGAACAGUGAAUGUAAUGAACCUGAAAAAAGCUUCAGUCUGGACUCAACUCUUGAUGCAGAUCAGAGAGUUCUUAGAAUACAGAAUGUUGAUGACAUUGAUAAGUAUGACAUGAGCCUCAACCAGAAUUCAGCUGGUAAACAUGAGCAAAUAAAUCUAACACAGGAUUUUCAGAGUAAUGAGUAUAAGGAAAGUUUAAUGGAACUCUCCCACCUUAAUAAAUGGGAGAGCAUUCCUGCCACUGAGAAAUCCUAUAAAUGUGAUGCAUGUGAGAAAAUCUUCCAUCAGAGCUCAGCCCUUUCUAGACAUCAGAGAAUUCAUACUAGGGAGAAACCCUACAAAUGUAAAGAAUGUGAAAAAUCUUUCAGUCAGAGUUCAAGUCUUAGUCGACAUAAAAGAAUACACACUAGAGAAAAACCCUAUAAAUGUGAAGCAUCUGAUAAAUCCUGUGAGGUGUCUGACAAAUCCUGUAGUCAGAGCUCAGACAUAAUUCAGCAUAAGAGGAUUCACACUAGAGCAAAAUCUUAUAAAUGUAGCAGUUGUGAAAGAGUCUUCAGUCGUAGUGUACACCUCACUCAACAUCAGAGAGUUCACAGAGAGAUGCCUUGUAAGUGUACUGUGUGUGGCAGUGACUUCUGUCAUACCUCACACUUAGCUGAACAUCAGAAGGUCCAUUGUGAAGAGAAGUCCUAUGAAUACAACGAAUGUGGGUUGACCUUUAUUAAGCAACAAGGAAUUCGUCUCAGAGAAAAGCCCUAUACAUGUAAUGAAUGUGGAAAAGACUUCAGAUUGAAUUCCCAUCUUAUUCAGCAUCAAAGAAUUCACACAGGAGAGAAACCACAUGAAUGUAAUGAAUGUGGAAAAGCUUUCAGUCAAACCUCAUGCCUUAUUCAGCAUCACAAAAUUCAUAGGAAAGAGAAAUCCUAUGAGUGUAAUGAUUAUCAGGAUAAUUUCAACCAUAGCUCAGAUCUUGUCCUGCAACAGGAAAUCCUCACCAGAGAAAAAGCCUUUGAUUGUGAUGUGUGGGAAAAGAACCUCAGUCAGAGAGCACACCUCGUCCACCAUCAAGGAAUUCAUACCAAAGAGAAACCUUGUGAAUGUAAUGAACGUGGGGAGACAUUUAGUCAAGUUCAGGCCUCAUUCAGCAUCUGAGAGUUCACACCAGUUCAUGUGUGUCCUGAAUGUGGUAAAGGAUUUGGUCCCAGCUCAACCUUUAUUCAUCAUUGGGGAAUUCACACCAGAGAGAAGCCUUCUGAAUGUGACGAACGUUGGAAAGCUAUUAGUCCGUGUUAAACUCUUUACACCUGCGAACCCAUAUCAAUGAGAAAACCUACAAAUACAUUGAAGGUGGUAGAUGCUUCAUGCUAUUUUCAUACCUUAGUCACCAUUGGAGAAUUCAUACUGGAAUAAAAUUCUAUAAAUGUGA